AGAAGAAGAAGUCAUAAUAAUACAACAAACGCUGGUGCUAACUAUGCUGAGCUGCUGGAUACAUUUCAAGUGGAUUUAACUGAUUACACAAUUACUCGACUGGUAAUUGAAAAACACCAGAUCCAUGGUGGCAGGUUCAGUACUUAUGGAACCGUCCACUAAGCCUGGGACCAACCAGGUGGCUGAUGUGGUGUUCGUCAUCGAGGGGACGGCAAACCUGGGACCGUACUUUGAGUCUCUGAGAAAAAAUUACAUCCUUCCAGCUAUAGAAUAUUUCAAUGGAGGACCCCCAGCAGAAACAGAUUUUGGUGGAGAUUAUGGAGGAACACAGUACGGCCUUGUGGUGUUCAACACAGUGGACUGCGCGCCUGAGUCAUACGUACAGUGUCACGCACCAACCAGCUCUGCCUUCGAGUUUGUUUCGUGGAUCGACAGCAUCCAAUUCAUGGGAGGUGGAGCAGAAAGCUGUAGCCUAAUUGCAGAGGGGCUCUCGGUGGCCUUACAGCUCUUUGAUGACUUUAAGAAGAUGAGGGAGCAAAUAGGUCAAACCCACAAGGUGUGUGUACUGCUGUGUAACUCUCCUCCAUAUCUGCUUCCUGCUGUGGAGAGUGUGAGCUACACCGGCUGCACUGCAGACAACCUAGUCAAAAUCAUCAGAGAUAGAGGAAUUCACUUCUCUGUGGUGGCUCCCCGGAAGCUGCCCGCUUUGAGGUCAUUGUUUGAACGGGCCUCCCCUGUAGGAGGGGCGGUGGAACCACAUCCAGACUACAGUCAGGACCCCUUCCACAUGGUCCUAGUCAGGGGCAUUUCCCUUCCUGUUUCUUCAGGUGGAGGACCAGGGCCGCUCAAACCUGUCCUUCCUCCUCAGCCGCUGCCUGUCAGUCAGCCUCUUGGUGGAGCUUCGCAGCCUCCGCCACCCAUUAACACAACCCACCCUUAUCAGAAUCCGAACCCCAUGACUGCUGCUCAGGUGGCUGCACAGAUGGCCGUGGAGGCAGCCAACAACCAGAAGAGUCGCUUCCCAGGAAUGGUCAGUCAAGGCCCUCCCUUCACCAGUCAGCCAGCCAUCCCAUCGGUCCCGGGGUUGAAGCUCAAUCAGCCCAGCAUAGCGACGGUCACCACAGCCCCACAGCCCAUGAUGCCACAGCAACAGGUCGCUCCCAAUCAGCAGCAGCCGGUCCCACCUCCAGGACAGCCUGCGCCUAAUCAGCAACCGCAACAGCCACCUCAGCAGCAGCCCACAGCCAAUCAGGCCACAGCGCCUACAGCACAGCCCAACAUGCCUGGUGUAUCCGGAGCUCAAGGCAAUGCAAAUCCAAUCGGACAGCCGCAAGGUGUGGCGAAUAAGAUUGUAGCAUGGACCGGUGUUCUGGAGUGGCAAGAGAAGCCGAAAGCCUCAUCGAUGGACUCAACCACCAAACUUACGCGUUCUCUGCCGUGUCAAGUGCACGUCAACCAGGGAGAAAAUCUAAACACAGAUCAGUGGCCGCAGAAGCUGAUCAUGCAGUUGAUUCCACAGCAGCUAUUGACAACCUUAGGUCACCUCUUCAGAAACUCUCGAAUGGUUCAAUUUCUCUUCACCAAUAAGGACGUGGAGUCGCUGAAAGGCCUGUACCGCAUAAUGGCCAACGGCUUUGCCGGCUGCGUCCACUUCCCCCACACGACUUCGCCCUGUGAGGUGCGAGUGCUGAUGCUCCUCUACUCCUCCAAGAAGAGAAUAUUCAUGGGCCUGAUCCCCAACGACCAGAGCGGCUUCGUCAACGGCAUCCGGCAAGUCAUCACUAACCACAAGCAGGUCCAGCAGCACCGAGCGCAGUUGGGUGGCGCAGGUGGUCCCAUGCAGCCCGGUCAAGUCCCGCCAAACCAGAACUUCCUCAACAGGCCGCCUGGCCCCAUUCCUGUCUCCCAUGGAAACGUCCAGCAGCAGUCUGUGGUGGUGGGCAUGCCCCCUGUUAGUCAGGUCACUAUGAUGGAGGAGCAGCAGAGGCAGAACAACAUGAUGACAAUGAGAGCGGCCGGACCGACCAACCAGCAGCCACCAGUCAGCGGAGCUCCACCCAACCAGAUCGCACAGGGUGGACAACCCCAACCCCAGGGUCCCAUACUCCGCCUCUCAAACCCGGGAGCCAAUCCACAGCUUCGCAGUCUCCUCCUCAGCCAACAGCAGCCUCAGGGUGGAGUGUCUCACAUGCAAGGCAUGAUGUCGCAUCAGGGUCUAGGGCAGCAGUUGGUUCACCCGGCACCAGGAGGGGGGGCUCAAAUGCAGGGCCAGUGGAGGCAACCCUUGUCAGGUCAGAUGUUGAUGUCCGGAGGUCAGAGAGGAGCCGUACCGCAGCCCGGGAUGCCUCAAGUCUCCAGCGUCAUGGAGGAUGAAAUCCUCAUGGACCUCAUCUGAUGGAGCAGUGUUGGACUCCGGAGCAGGAGGAUUUCAGCAAGAAUCUCGGCAGCUAUUUGCCAGUUUUUGGACACACACAUUCGCUUUGUCGCUUUACUGCUACAAAUGUUCAACAUAAUUAAGGAACAAAUCAUGAGUAGAAUUUCUUUCCUUUUUUUUUUUUUUUAAAUAUGGGACUGAGCAGCUGAAGUUAAUCAGGGGCAAACAAGUGCGAGCAUUAGUUUUUCAUAUAAAUGGUCAAACCGACAGCGCGUUAAUCCUCCAUGGUACACACUGGAUGAAGCCAAACCAGUGGAAACAGUCAAAUUAUGUUAUGCAUCAAGCAACUCAACAAUUAAAUACGUUUUAUAUUUUAUCACUGUAAUCAGAAAAUAGCGUUAUUCUUUUCCUUUUUAUUUGAGAUUUUGACUUUGUUCUGUUAGAUUUCUUUCUUUUUUAAUUAUUGAUAAAGUUGUUUUAUGAGGAUAAAAUAAAAAAACUA